CUUUCCUCUUCUACGUCAAACCCAACCUUAAUCUAACUUUGAGAGAAUUUACCCAAAAUAAUGUAUCAAAAGACCAUAAUCUUAUUAACAAUUCUCUCAGCGUCUCUUCAUUUCUGUUCCAGCAGCUACCCAUUUGAUCCUAGAUAUGAUCAGUCCAUGUCUCCCGAUUUGUAUCUUGAAACCAAUCAUCUACAUGGUCACAGUACACGUAACAACCACAUGAAAAAUCGCCAUGGAUAUGCUCCUGCAUCCUCUCCUCGAGCUUUUAACGUCAAAUCUUUCGGUGCUAAAGCCAACGGAAACGACGAUUCUCAGGCAUUCACGAAAGCUUGGAACGCAGCUUGUUCAUCAACCGGGACAGUUUACGUCGUGGUUCCGAAAAAUAGAGCUUACACUCUUAAGUCGGUCAAAUUCUCCGGUCCAUGCAAAUCAUCAUUGAUUGUUUUUAAGAUUUACGGAAAGAUUGAGGCAUGGAAAGAUCCAUCAGCCUACGAGGAACGUAGGCUCUGGAUUGUUUUUGAAGCUGUAAAUAACCUUCGUGUUGAAGGCGGUGGACGCAUCGACGGUAAUGGAAAUAAAUGGUGGCCAAAUUCUUGCAAGAUCAAUCCUAAUCUUCCAUGCCUGGGUGCUCCAACGGCGGUUACGUUUGUGGAGUGCAAGAACUUGAUGGUAAGUAACAUUAGGUUGGAAAACGCACAGCAAAUGCAUAUGACGUUUCAGGAUUGCGAAAACGUAAAGGCUUUGAAUCUUAUGGUCACCUCCCCGGGUAAUAGUCCUAACACUGAUGGGAUUCACGUUACCGGAACUCGCAAUAUCCUCAUUCAAGAUUCUAUCAUCCGUACUGGUGAUGAUUGUAUAUCGAUAGUGAGUGGGUCGGAGAAUGUGAGAGCGACGGGCAUUACAUGCGGACCAGGUCAUGGAAUCAGCAUUGGGAGUUUGGGAGCAAAUAACUCAGAAGCAUAUGUUUCAAAUGUGGUGGUCAACAAAGCGACUCUUAUAGGAACCACUAAUGGUGUGAGAAUCAAGACUUGGCAGGGAGGACAUGGAGUGGCAAAAAAUAUCAUAUUCCAAGACAUCAUAAUGAAAAACGUCACGAACCCAAUAAUCAUCAACCAGGACUAUUGUGAUCGUGUUGAAUCAUGUCCCCAACAGAAAUCUGCGGUGCAAGUAAGCAAUGUGUUGUACAAAAACAUACAAGGGACGAGCUCAAGACCCGUAGCUGUUAAAUUUGAGUGCAGCAAAAGCAUCCCAUGUCAAGGCAUUUCAAUGCAAAACGUUAAACUGGUCGACCAAAUUCAACAAGAUGUCGUCUCCACAGCUUCAUGCUCCAAUGUGAAGUUGGACACCAAAGGACACGUUUCUCCUAUUUGUACUUGAUAACUUUUGAUCCCCACCCAAUUAUGAACCACAUAGAAGUUGGUCAUUUUCUCUUAAAUUAUUGCAGUUUGGUCGUGAUUUGUGUAUAUAUAGACCAUGUUUGA